AUGGCUGAUGGGAAACGGCGAAGCGGCGCAGGGUCGCCUCCGGACGGGAGGUGGGGCUGGGUGAUCGUCGGCUGCUGCUUCAUGGUGAUGGUCUGCACACGGGCAGUAACCAGGUGCAUCUCCAUCUUCUUCGUGGAGUUCCAGGCGUAUUUCGGGGCCGACUACUCGGCGACGGCGUGGAUCCACAGCCUGGUGGACUGCACCACCAUGCUCUGUGCUCCUCUCGGCAGCCUGGUUGGUAACCGCUGGUCGUGCCGGGUGGCGGUGAUGCUCGGUGGGCUCCUCUCCUCCGCUGGUCUCCUCCUCAGCUCCUUCAGCUCCAGCCUGGAGACCCUCUACCUCACCAUGGGAGUCCUGACAGGUCUGGGCUUCGCCCUCUGCUACACCCCGGCCAUCUCCAUGGUGGGCUGUUACUUUGGGCGGGGCCAGGCGCUGGCCUACGGCGUGGCCAUGUCGGGCAGCGGCAUCGGCACCUUCGUGCUGGCGCCCGCCGUGCAGCUGCUCAUCGAGCGGUACUCGUGGCGCGGGGCGCUGCUCGUCCUCAGCGGCGUCGUCGCCAACCUCUGCGUCUGCGGGGCACUGCUACGGCCAAUCACAGCGCGGCAGGUCGAGGAGGAGCCGGCAGACGGCGAGGGGGCGGAGUCAGCGAUUGAGGAGAAACCUGGUCCUGUACGUGCCUUCCUGCCUACCUCCUGUGUUGCAUUAGCCAACCAGCAGAUCAGGCCGACGUUGCCUCUCUGCCUGCCUGCCUUCCUGCCCCGGCUGCCUGCGACGGUGCUUCCUGUCCAGCCUCGUUGCCUGCCUGCCUGCCUGCGGGCUUCUGGUUCCUGUCUGUGUCCUUCCUGUUCUAGCGGCAGGCUGGCAGCCUGCCUGCCCGUGUGCCUGGGUGCCUGCCUGCCUGCCUGCGCCGGGCGUGGAGCUGCCUGCCUGCCUGCCUUCCUCUGCCCAUCCUGGCCUGCCUGCCUGCAUGUCGGGAACCUCCUGGGUGCCCUGCCUGCCUGCCUGCGGCUGCAGGCUGCCUGCCGUCAACACUGCCUUCCUGCCUACCUCCUGCAGACAAAAGAAUUUGUCUUCCUGCCUUCCUGCCUCGUGCCUUCCUUCCCUGCCUGCCUGCCCAUUCUACCUGCCUACCUGCCUUCCUGCCUGGGAGACUGCCUGCCUUCCAAUUCACACAGCCUGCCUGCUGCCCCUGCCUGCCUUCCUGCCUGCCUGGCUCCUGCCUGCCCUGGCUGCCUGCCCCUGCGUUGCCUGCCUGCCUCGUGCGUGCAGCGGUGGCGCCUGGCGUGCUACGUGGUUGCCGUGGCGAUGGAGGGCCUGUGCUGCCUGGCGGCGCCGCUGCUGCGCUCCUUCUCGCUGCUCGUGCCCUUCGCCGUGAUCUUCGGAUACUUCGACGGCGCCUACGUGGCGCUGAUCCCCGUGGUAACGGCCGACGCGGUGGGGCCGCGCUACCUGUCCUCGGCGCUGGGCGUGGUCUACUUCCUGCACGCCGUGCCGUACCUCGUCAGCCCGCCAAUCGGAGGUUGGCUGGUCGACAUCACAGGAAGUUACACGUCGACCUUCUUCCUGAGCGGCGGCGCCCUGCUGGCCAGCGCUGCCGUGCUCUCUGCCGCCGCCGGGGUCCGCCACUGUCGCCGACGGCGACGGCUCGCCGCCUCCAGGGACACCAAGCCCCGCCCCCUCUGUCCCUCCGACCAAUCGCGACGCUUCACCGACUCGGAUAAGGAAUCGCUCGGCAAGGCCGCCUCGUAGCCUCCGAGGAAACGACCAAUCGGAUUCAUCGACACCGACGAGGGCUGUGAUUGGCCGA